GGUGAGAGGCUCAACUUCACACACGAGCACUGCACUCCCAUCACAAUUUACAAACAAUCUUCGACAGCCCCAUAGGCCAUCGGUGUAUCUAUGAGAUUCACAUUUCAAACCCACAGAAGUAGUAUUAGUAAGUAGUAACACAAACCAAAGCAUCGUUAAUGGAAACUGCAAUCAUUUCUAGAUUAUCUCUCUCCCCCAACCAAUACCAUGUUAUUAACCCUAAAUCAGGGGAUAAGCAUUAUUUUUGUAGAGGAUUGUGCAACCAUCGUGGCUUGCUUUUGCCAGUGUCAGCUACUGGAUCUAGGGGAGGAGUAUUAGAGAGACCCAUAAUAGAGAAAACCAAUCCUGGCCGUGAAUCUGAAUUUGAUCUGAGGAAAUCAAGGAAAAUAGCUCCCCCAUAUCGUGUAAUACUGCACAAUGAUAACUUCAACAAAAGGGAAUACGUUGUACAAGUCCUGAUGAAGGUUAUACCCGGCAUGACAGUCGACAAUGCAGUAAAUAUCAUGCAAGAGGCACAUUACAACGGUUUGUCAGUGGUGAUAAUAUGUGCUCAGGCUGAUGCUGAAGAACACUGUAUGCAAUUGAGAAGCAAUGGGCUUCUGAGCUCAAUUGAACCCGCCAGCGGUGGAUGCUGAGAGUGAGAAGAGAUGCCUUAUGGUUACGGAAAGCCCAACGUAUUUGUCGAUGUUUCAUAUAAAAUAUAUCUACAUUUGUAUAUAUUUGUUCCAGUGACCAAUACCCCCGUCAACCAUGGUUCUGUUAUCAACUAUAUGGAGUUUGCAAUAGCUAAUAAUGCUAUUACUACUUGAACAUCUUGGAUUGAAAUGCUAUUGUGAUCCCUCAAUGCUUCUAUUAUCUAGUUCUAUGAUCCUCAAGUUACCAAAUAUUUGGUUGUCAAUGGAUUGGAAAGACAUUGAAAGCAUUCUUUCCUUUGCCUCAA